AUGCGGUUUAUUACAGUAUUCACAUUAGUCUGGUUAAUUAAAAAUGUUUUAACUGCUGAUGUCACACACAAUACAAUUACAAGAGGUCAAGUUGGUGUUGAAUUUACUGGUGUAACUAUUGCGCCAAAUGUAUUUUGGUCUGUCAUUGAUAAUUAUAUUUUAGAAAUUUUUGGUAACGUGAAAGUCAACACUGGUGCUGGAUUUUAUGUUCAAAGUAAUUCGAAUACAAUUGCAUUAAGAAUUGCUUUAUUAGGAUUGAUUUAUAAUAUUGAAAAUGAUGGAAUUAUAUCAUUCAAUGCAGCAAAUUCAUUGGUUGCUCCAUCUUAUAGAUUAUUGGGUGCUUCAUUUAUAAAUAAUGGAGAAUUUUAUAUGUCAGGAGAUGCUACUUUAGGUAUUCCAAAUUAUGAAAUUCAAGCACUUACUUGGGGAAAUACUGGAUUAAUGGUAUUAUCACAAAAUUUUAGAACAAAUGCAAAAACAAUUUUAGGAACUACUGGUUCAAGUGUUAUAAAUCCUGGUACUAUAUGUUUAAACAAUAUUGAAUAUCAACAAACAACUUCUGUCUUUGGAAGUGGAUGUUUUGUAUUACAAAGAAAAUCUACAUUACUAUUACCAAAUGCAUUGCUAGUAUUUGGAACUACUCAAAAUAUUUUAAUGGAAAAUUCAGAAAGUUCAGUAAUUGUGGAAGCUUUAUCUACCCCUCAGACUUUUAGAGUUUAUGGUUUUGGUUCAAAUAAUAAACUUGCAUUAACUACUACUUUAGCAGGUACAUUAUUACAUGGGUCUUAUUAUUAUGAUUCUAGCUCUGGUAUUUUAACGUUAUAUUCAUUGGCAUUACUGCAAAGAUUCAAUAUUGGUUUAGGUUAUAAUAGUAAUUUAUUUUAUAUAACAACAGAUAAUAGUGGUUUAGUCCCCACUGUAAACAAUGCUGUUGGAUAUUCAGGAGCUCCACCAUCAACUGCAAGACCUUCUUCAUGUAUGGCAUGUAAAUCACAACCAGAAACUCCAGGUAAUAAACCAGUUAAUUUUGAAACUACAAUAACUCAAACUUCAGACACUCAAACCUUGACAAGAACUGCUCAGGUUGUUGUCUCCACUAAUUCUUUAGGUACUUGGUUUACUUCAACUUCAUAUUAUUCUACACCCACGACAAUUAGUUCACGCACUUAUACUACUUAUUUUCAUGAAAUUUCAAAUCAUCAAAUUGUUACAAGAAGUGGGCUUGUUUUUGUUGGAUCAGAAACUGCUUGGUAUACUAGUACUUCAACUUUUGCAUUAUUAUCGUUCCAAGAUUAUACAACUACAAAUACUGAUGGUACAUUAGUUAGAAUAAUAGUAACAACCACAACUUCAAAUCAGUGGGUAACUCAAACAAGUACAAUUACACCUGAAUACACUCAUUUUACAACAACUUUAUCAAUUACUGAUGGUGGCUCAACUAGUUAUGACGCAGUUGAAAUCUUUGUAACUACAAAUUCAGAUGGUUCUUGGACAACAAUCACAAGUGAUCUUCCAGAAGCAUAUACAAUCUAUACUACAACAUUAUAUGGAUUUGACACUGAAAGAAGGACAAGAACGGAACAAGCUUGGCAAGUUGUAAUUUCAACCAACAGUGGUGGUCAUUGGUACACAACCUCAAAUAUGAUCGGUCCAACUUUUACAGAGUAUACACAUACUCAAACUGUAAUCACAGAUGGUCAAAUGAGUGUCACUACAAAUAUAAGGAUAGUAACUACAAAUUCUGAUGGUAGUUGGACAACUAUAACAAGAUCAAUUGAUCCAUCUUUCCAGAAUUAUGCAACAACUUAUUUAACUACAAACGAACAAGGUGGGUAUGAAACUGUUACUGCUUCUGUUGUUGUUUCAACUGAUGAUCAAAAUCAAUGGUACACUACUACUUAUAAACAACAAUACACUACAUACACUACAACUUUUGUUAGUGUUGAUUCAGAUAGCGAUGGUGGUACUCAAACUAUCUCCGCAGUAGUAAUUGUAACUGAUGAUACAGAUUCAAAUUGGUAUACCACAACAUCAAUAAUCCCACAAUCAGCAACAAACUAUACAUCUUUGGUUGUAUACACAGAAAACAGUUCGACAGUUACGUCAGUAGUUGAAGUUUACGUCACAACAAACUCGGAUAAUGAAUGGGAAACAACAACUAACAUUCCGGAAAAUGAACCAAUAUCUUCAGAUGCACCAAUCACUUAUUAUUUCUCAUAUUCUGGUGAAGUUUACGUCAUUGUUGUAGCAGUUGAUUCAAAUGGUAAUGUUCAUACUCAAGUUGCCCCAAUAAAUAACUUUUUUACAUCGUAUACAACAAUAAUAACUUCACGAUCAACUACUUAUCAAGCGGUUAUAGUUGAGACUUCAAAUAGUGCUCAUUCAUUAUAUAGAUCAACUUCCAUAAUCCCACCACCAACAGUCACAAGAUACACGACAAUAUUCACAACAACAGAUUCAAUAGGAAAUUUAGAAACAGAUGUUGGGGAAAUUUUAAUAACUAGAAAUUCAAAUGGGGUUUGGACAACUAUUUCAACUCCCUUACCUACAUCAUUAACUAAUUUCAUUUUUCCUUAUUCGGAAUCUUCAACAUCAUUUCAAGUUAGUGUUUUAAUAACUACAAACAUUUAUGGGGAAUGGUUUACAGGUAUAUAUAGAAUUUGGACUACUUUACUUACAUCUAUUAAUGCCUUGGGGAGUUCUACUACUGAUACUGUUGUUAUUACUGAGACUAUCAGUGAUGUUGAAAGUAGUAGUCUCAGUUCUGAAUAUAUUUCUAGUACAUAUAAUUCAGAAUACAUUUCCAGUACAUAUAAUUCAGAAUAUAUUUCAAGUACAUAUAAUUCAGUAUAUGAGUCCUCAACAUCAGAAUUUGAAUCCACUACAUCAGAAUACGAAUCCACUACAUCUAGCUCAGACUAUGAAUCAACCACAGAAAAUUCAGAAUUUUCAAAUGAAAGUACUAGUGAUAUUUAUAGUAAUAGCUCAGAAUUUGAAUCAACUAGUGAUGAAAAUUAUAGUUCAGAAUAUGAAUCAGGUGCAUCUCAAUCAGAAUACACAAGUGAAACUGAAAGUAGUUUAUUCACAUCUGCUGAUGCAUCAGAUAAUUUAAGUACAUAUGAAUCAGAAUCUAUUACGGAAACUACAAGUGAUGAAAACAUUUAUAGUUCAGAAUUUCAAUCAAGUACAUACGAAUCAGAAACUUUAAGUGAAAGUCAAAGUGAGACCGAAAGUAGUUUAUUCACAUCUGUUGAUGCAUCAGAUAAUUUAAGUACAUAUGAUUCAGGAUAUAUUACGGAAACUACAAGUGAUGAAAACAUUUAUAGUUCAGAAUUUGAAUUAAGUACGUACGAAUCAGAAACUAUAAGUGGUAGUCAAAGUGAGGAUGAAAGUAGUUUAUUUACAUCUGUUGAUGCAUCAGGUAAUUCAAGUACAUAUGAAUCAGGAUUAACAAGUGAACCAACAAGUGAUGAAAGCGUUUAUAGCUCAGACUUUGAAUCAAGUGCAUAUGAUUCAGGAUCUACCAGUGAAACUACAAGUGAUGAAAAUAUUUAUAGUUCAGAAAACCAAUCAAGUGCAUAUGAAUCAAGUACAUAUGAAUCAGAAUCUACCAGUGAAACUACAAGUGAUGAAAAUAUUCAUAGUUCAGAAUAUGAAUCAAGUACACAUGAAUCAGAAACUAUAAGUGAAAGUCCAAAUGAGAAUGAAAGUAGUUCAUUCACAUCUAUUGAUGCAUCAGAUAUUGCAAGUACAAAUUCAUCAGAGUCUACUAGUGAAACUACAAGUGACGAAAAUAUUUAUAGUUCAGAAUAUCAAUCAAGUGCAUACGAAUCGGAAGCUAUAAGUGAAAAUUCAAGUGAGGAUGAAAGAAAUUCAUUUACAACUGUUGAUGCAUCAGAAAUUGCAAGUACAUAUGACUCAGAAUCUACAAGUGAGACUACAAGUGAUGAAAGUAUUUAUAGUUCAGAGUAUGAAUCAAGUACUUAUGAAUCAGAAUCUACCAGUGAAACUACAAGUGGUGAAAGUAUUCAUAGUUCAGAAUUUGAAUCAAGCACAUACGAAUCGGAAGCUAUAAGUGAGAAUUCAAGUGAGGAUGAAAGCAAUUCAUUUACAUCUGUUGAUGCAUCAGGCAGUUUAAGUACAUAUGAUACAGAAUCUGCAAGUGAGACUACAAGUGAUGAAAGUAUUUAUAGCUCAGAAAUUGAAUCUACAACAAAUGAAUCAGAAUCAACUAGUAGAGCUACAAGUGAUGAAAGUAUUCAUAGUUCAGAGUAUGAAUCAAGUACAUAUGAAUCAGAAUCUACCAGUGAAACUACAAGUGAUGAAAGUAUUUAUAGUUCAGAAUUUGAAUCAAGUACGUACGAAUCAGAAACUAUAAGUGGUAGUCAAAGUGAGGUUGAAAGUAGUUUAUUUACAUCUGUUGAUGCAUCAGGUAAUUCAAGUACAUAUGAAUCACAAUUAACAAGUGAACCAACAAGUGAUGAAAGUGUUUAUAGCUCAGACUUUGAAUCAAGUGCAUAUGAUUCAGGAUCUGCCAGUGAAACUACAAGUGAUGAAAAUAUUCAUAGUUCAGAAUAUCAAUCAAGUGCAUAUGAAUCAGAAACUAUAAAAGAUAGUCAAAGUGAAGAUGGAAGUACUUUCUUUGCUUCUGUUGAUGCUUCAGGUAACGCAAGUACAUAUAAUUCAGAAUCUAACACGGAAACUACAAGUAAAGAAAGUAUUAUUAGUUCAGAAAUUGAAUCUACAACAAAUGAAGCAGCAUCAACUUCUGGAAGUACAGGUGAUGAGAGUGGCAGUAGCUCAGAAUUAGAAUCUACAAUCCAUGGUAGUAGUAAUGGAGGUAGUUCUACUUCAGAAGUUGAAUCUACCGCUGAGAGUGCAAGCGAUGAAAGCAACACUACUUCAGAAUCGGAAUCAGCAAGUGAAAUCACAAGUGAUGAAAGUUUGAGUAGUUCAGAUAUCGUAUCUGCUUCAAAUGAAUUAGAAUCUACAGCAGAAAUUACAAGUGAUGAGAGCAGCACUAGUUCGGAGCUGGAACCAACAAGUGAAAGUACAAUUGAUGAAAGUAAUAAUAGCAAUAUUUCAGAGUUCGAGUCAUCUACAUACAAUUCGGAAUAUGAAUCAAGCACAUCUAAUUCUGAGUAUGAAUCCUCCACGAAUACCUCAGAUUCUUCAACUGAAACUACAAGUGAUGAAAUUAGUAUUUCAGAAUAUGAAUCAAGCAUAAAUCAAACAGAAUCUACAUCAGUAUUUACAGGCGAAGGUGUAAGUGAAGCCACAAGUAAUGUAGACAGUAAUCAUUCAGAUUCUGAAUCAAGCGUAUAUCAAUCCGAGUUCACAGCACAAUCUGCAAGUGCAAGUAAUGGAAGUAGUCUUACUUCAGAAUUUGACUCCACUACAUCAUACGAAAUAGAAUUUAGUAAUGAAUCUAUAAGUGAUGAACCUAGCAAUAGUUCAAAAUUAGAAUCAACUGUAAAAACCAUGAGUGAUGAAUUUAGUACUAGCUUAGAAAAUGAGCUUGUUUCAUAUAAUUUAGAAUCUGCAAGUGAUAAUUCAGAACCUACAAGUGAUAGUCCAGAAUCUACAAUUGACAACUCAGAGUCUACUAAUGAGAUUACAAUUGUUGAUAAAAGUAGCUAUAGCUCAGAGGCUGAGUCUACUGAAUACAGCUCAGAAUCUUUCAGUGGGACUACAGGUGAUAAUGGUUUUAGCUCAGAACUUGAAUCUACUGCAAAUUAUUUGGAAUUUUCAAGUGAAUUUGUGAGUGAUGUUGAGAGCAGUUCUAAAUCAGACUUUGAAUCUACCUUAAAUAGCCCGCAAUCGACCAGUGAGACCGUAAAUGUCAGCUCGGAAUUUGAGUCCACUAUUGAACCUACAAGUGAAACUGAGAGUGCUGGUGAAACAAAUUUGGGAUUUACUUCAUCAAGUCUAGACUCCACUGGCGAGACUUUAAGCGAUGGUGGUGUUUAUACUUCAAAAUAUGAAAUAAGCAGCAAUAGCUCAGAAGUUAGCGAAGAGGCUGCAAUUAAUCUGGAGACGCUUAAUGAAACAGCAAGUGAAAUUACAAGUGAUUCAAUUACUGCUAAUUCGGAGAGUAGUGGAGAAAUCACAAGUGAUUCGGAGAGUACAAGUAUCGCCACAAGUGAUAAUUUAAAAACUAGUAUUGAGUUUGAGAGUUUUGGAACUUCAUCAAGUGACAUAUUGGAGUUUAGUGAAAAAUUUACAAAUGAGGAGGUACAAUCAAGUGCAAGUACUUUGGAGCCAUCAGAAAAUGAGUCAACUUCAACUGAAAAUGGUAAUGAGUCAGAAUCAACAUCCAAAAAUGACUCAGAAUUUACAAAUGAGACAACAACUAAUUCAUAUGAAUCAGAAAUAGUAGAAAUAAGUGUUGCAGGCGUUGUUCUGACUACCACUAACGAACUGGGAAUAAUUACAGAAGCAGUUGAGAAUAUUGUCGAAUCCACGACGACCAGCACUUAUGCUUCAUUACCGUAUAAUCUGGAAGAAUCCAAAUUGGCUGAAUCAUUGUACCAAUCAACUGAAAUUAGUAUUGACUUGGAAAGUUCCGUAUCUGUGAGUGAAAUAAUUUUUAGUCCCUCAGAUGGUGAAACCGAGCCAUAUGUAUCAUCCAGCAAAAUUAACACUGAAUCAUCAAGUAGCCAAUAUAAUGUUGAAAGUGGUAUUGGAAGUGAAGUUGUGGAAGAGUCUGUUGAAGAGACAAAUACAUACUAUAGCGGACCAAAUGUUGCAUCAAGUGUUGCUAUUACAUAUAGUUCAUCAGAAAGUUUUGUGACAUCCGCUGAUUCUAGGUCAAUUGAUCGUUUAACGUCCCUAUUAAAUUCUAAUUUAAUAUUUUCUUCAAUUGGAUUAUUAUCAGAAACCACACAGGAGUCAUCGAUUGAAGAAUCAAGUGCAGAACCCGAGCCAAGUAUAGCAUCAUUUUUCAAUACCACAAAUCCAACUUUAGCUAGUUCAGAAACUUCGACUAGUGUGCUGCAAACCUCAUCAAUACAACAAUCGAGUUCUUUAAGUAAUCAAACAAGCUCACUAUCACAAACUUCAAGUCUUUCAGAAAUUUUUUCAACAAAUUCGUAUUCAAUUGAUGGUGCUGAUGCAAGAUACUCCAGCUCGGUAGAUGGUUCGGAUUCCACUUACUCAACUCAUAUAAGUUCUGGCUCUUCAAAUGAUUAUUCAUCCAAUUCAUAUUCAAUAGACGGUGCCGAUGGAGGAUACUCAAUUGAUGGCGCAGACUCCAAGUAUUCAAGUUAUCCAAGUUCGGUAGAUCAAUAUUUGGAAUCAUAUGCUGAAUCUGGUUCAACUACCAUAGGUGGUGUAGUAACUUAUUUCAGUUCAAUUGAUGUAGCAGAGGGCCCAUUUACCGGUUCUGAGUUUACUACUGACAACAAUAUUACAUUGGAAAUUGUAACCAGUACAAUUAUAAUUACUGAAAGUCAAUCUGAAGGUUUCACAGAAGGUGCAGAAUCAGGAAUUAGUGCUUCAGAUAGUAGUGAUAAGUUAUCGUCAAUUGAUGGUGAAGGUCCAACUGCAACUGCAAAUGUGAUAACUCAAAUUGUGGCAAAUACAGAUAAUUCAUUAGUUGUUCAAAAAGUGGAGAUUAGAACAGAUGAAAGUGUUACAUCAACUACUACAAUGUCAUUUGGAACAAACUUAACUUCAUUCAUAUUAAAUUACACAAGUGUUGAUGGUCAAGAAAAUGGAUUUUAUCAGGUAAUCAUUUCUACUGAUCUGUUUGGUCAAUUAUAUACCCUGAUAGACACUUUAGAUUCUUCAACGUUAGGAUUAAUUUCGACACAAGCAAAGCCAACCCAGUCUGUUAACACCAUUUCAAAGUCAAUUAUCGACGAGUCAAUAGAUGGAACAAAUUCAUUCUUCACACAAAUCGUUACAACCACAGCUAAUUCAUUGAUUGUACAAAGAGUGGAAAUUACCACGAACGAGAAUGCUACAUCUACUAUUACAAAGUUGUUUGGAACAGAUUUUACUUCAUUUAGAUUGAAUUAUACGAGUGUUGAUGGUCAAGAAAUUGGUCCAGUCUAUCAAGUUAUUAUUUCUACAAAUUCAUCUGGUCAAUUAUAUACACUGAUUGAUACAUUAGACGCUUCAGUAGCAGGAGCAGUUACUAUUUACACAGUUUUAACGGAGCCUACUAGUACUGGUAUAAGUUCAAUUAUUGAUGAGUCCAUUGAUGGAACCAAUUCAACGUAUCAUUCAAAUGGUUUUGCUACAGCUUAUAAUGUGGUCUAUUCUCUGGUAGGCUCUGAUGGAGAUACAACCACGCAAACCUUGCAAGUUGAGCUUAGCGUCGAGGGGAAUUCCACACACAUCUUUACAACGAAUGCACAACAAAACCUAUCAUUGAGUUUGAAUCCAAAUUUCCAAGGUUAUAAUACAAGAAUUAAUUCCGAUGGAGCAUCAACAGUGAUUGCAUACUCUAACGGGUUCAUCCUACAGACAGCAAAUGAGCAUCAGUUGCCUUCAAGUGGCCGUUUAUUUUCAGCUGAUGGUAAUGAAGGUGCUAAAACUGAAACACAUGAGAGCUCAAUUGAUGUCUAUUCAUCUGCUGCUGCAGAAGAUAAAAAUUCUGAAUUAGUUGACCCAGAUUAUUCUACCUCAAUUGAUCAAGUUUCAGAUAUAUCAGUUAACCCUGAAUUCAAUCCGUCAAUCACAAAUUCAAUAUCUGAAUCAAUAGCAGCAAAUUCAACUGAAUUUUGGAGUGGUUCAAAUGCUAACAUUCCUUCAUUACUUAUAUCAUUUUUAAUAUCUAUAGUUAUAGUAGCUAUAUGA